AUGCAUUGCGUCCAUGGCCUCUUUGCCGCCUCGUUGGUGGCACGUCUGGUUUCCAGCGCUCGUAUAGGUGCCUUCCAGACAACAUGCAAAGCCGAAGAUGUGCUCUACGCAGAAGGAGUGCCAGCAGGCUUCGACAAUGAGAACAAAGAUGUGCUUUCGUCACAUCGGUUGCUGGAAUCUCUUGCCCCUGGAGUGGAUCCAAGUGCAAUCAUGACUUGCUACAACUUGCACCGCAAGUCGGACAAGUGGAGGCUGUCGUGGAAGCAGAAGCUCGCUGACAAGCUGAUCGCGGCAAGCCAGGAGACAUUAGAUUCGAGGCUCCGGCGCGGUCUGGUCUUUCCUCUGCUGAAGGGCAUCCUGAACUUUGGAGGAGGCCUUGAGAGUGAGAUGCUGACCUGGGCCUUUGAGCACGAAGACGGGAAGAAUCCAUUUUGCCAGAUGCCGUCGGAAGCACGACAGAAACGAAAUGAGCUUUUGGAACACUUCGCGCACCUGCUUGUCAGCGGCGCUGCGGAGAGCGAGAAGAAACCGGAUGAGGGCUCGGCUCUCGUGCUUGAAGGCCUGAGCCAGCUCAUCCAGAAGGCGAUUGUGGCAACAACCAUGGCUGACUGCGGGAUGUUCGAGAACAUGACGGACAGCAGACGCCUCAAAUGGGACACCAACUUUGCGUGGCCUCCGGUGGUGUUGAACUCCUUCGAACUAUUGGCUCAAGCUCCAGCGAGCCCACGAGAACGAUACUUCGUCCAGUCCUUGGUGGAUCUCUUCCAGGACUACGUGAAGAAGACGGGCGUGGACCUUUCCAACCCCGAGAUCCCUCCAGAAAUGGAGAGAUUGUGGUCCAUGUUGCACAAGAACGGAGUGACUUCAGAGGAGGGCCGAGUGUUCGCUCGGGCCGAAGAGCGGGUGAGCGGCUUGUCGGACAAUGCCAAGAGGCCAAUGUCCUGCCAAUGCCACCACGUGGCCACUGCCAUGGCCUCCGCGAUGGGCAAGCACCUGAAAGAGGUGGGAUUCGAUCCAUCGAGUGCCGAAGCUGACUGGGUGUGGCAGGCGACGGAUGUGUCUGAAAUGCUGGACCUCUUCACCCUCACAGAGGCUGGCUUGGAGGAUCCCAACCUUUCCUUCCUCUACCUGCUGGGCGAGGCAAACCGUCUCAAGCACUCACCCGUGGAAGAGGGCGAGCAGCUGUCAGAAGAGUCAGUCCAAAGGUCGAGGAUCAAAGGUGUUCUCGUGGGCUUGCCCAUGAUCCAGAACUACUUGGCGCAUUUGGACAUCAAGCAUGGCGGCGGCGACGACAUCAAAAAGAAUUACGCCGCAAAAGAGAAGUGGUUCCUCUUCCUAAACAUCGCCUGGGCAGUCUUUCAUGAGAACGAGCAGGUGGGCAUCGGUGAGUUGCAGCGGGUCUCGCUACAGCACCGGCAGCAAAACGUAGCUUUCGGCCUAUUGGUGUCUGCCUUUUCCGUGCUGUCGAGCUUCAGCUGGGAUGGUAUCAACUUCAAGGAGACAAACACAGAGGCCUUCAACGACUACAACGUUGCGUUGUACACCGUAUGGAACUAUCGCUGGGUCAGGGCCCUCUUCGAACCCCGGCGCCUCCAGUACCACUUCUGGAACGCUUUGGGGCUUCCGAUGCUCGAGGCCAUCGGUAACCAGGGAAGCUCCGCCUACUGGGUGAACUACCGGCGCGACGGGCUCAUGGCCAGCUUGAUCAACCUCUCGCCCCUGCCAGAGGACCUACAGCACCCAUCCUGCAGCAGUCCCACUGUCAUAGACCCGGCCGAUUCCGAGACGGCACCUGGCUUCGUCGACGGUGGACAAAAGACCCGCCCUGGCUUCUUGUGUCCGGCAGCCCAUCGGGAAGAUAGGGGCAAUGCCGUGCCUGCCUGCAAGGCGAGUCAGGCGUCUGUCUUGUCUCCGAGGCUGGAAUCCGGGGGAGGUGGAGACGCCGGCGCCGGUGGGAGCCAAAAAAGCGGUGCAGGAGGCGCGGACGGCUUUCAAGCUUCCUCAGCUACUGCACAGCUCUUCUUCGGAUACCUCUCUGCGCUCUUCAUCGCGCUGCGCAGCGGCGUGUCCAGCGCCAAACCAGGCAAGGAUCAGGACCUCCCCUUGUGGUCGGAGCCUCCGCCCAUGCCCAGUGUUGCCGCUCCGCAGUCGCUGGUGCUGCCCCGCCGCUCGCUGUCCUUAAACGUCUUGGAUGGCUACGACACCCUCAAGCUCGCCCUGAGGCUCCUGCUGUCCACGGUGGGUCAGCGAGAGGCGGCGUCGUCCAGUCGCCGGCUCCUGGAGGUCCCGACGAUACAGGAGCUGAGCGUCUGUACGCAUGUCGGGCUUUACCAUACCAUCCGGCGGCGGGAUCUCAGCGAGCGCACACUGAAGCUGACCAUUACGGCCAUCUUUCAGGUGGGCACCGCCUUCUUGAGCUUGGAAGCCGACGACGGAGGUCCCGUGGUCUCCAUCGGCUGGCCGGUUCGGCUCAUCGAGGCGCUCCUGGCACGCAGUGAUGCCGAGCCCCAGCUCCUUGUUCCCAACUCUCGGCUCUGCAUCGAGGCCGUUCGCAACUUCGUGGUCGAGACAUCCCACAGAAGUCUCGCCCUUCCUGAUUUGUGGCGAGCAAUGCUGCAACUACUGUUCCGCGCAGCUCCGACCACAUCCAGGGCGCUGUGGCCCAGUGCAAAGGACAAGGAGGUGGAGGCCGUCCAGCUCCUCAUUUGGCGAAGAGGACUGGUUUGGCUUCUCGCACACCCGCAGCUGCACGAUGGGGACACAGCCGGUGAGGACGGCGCAGGAAGCCCCAGCGAUUCGGAAGCCAACUCUUUCUGGGGGUGGGCCUUGUCCGAGCUGACGACGUUGGCUCAGGAGAUGGCUGGAAACCGGGGUACCGGAUCCAUCCGGCUGUUGCUCUAUGCCUACAGGACGCUCCUGCACAACCUCGCGCGUCCCGUGAGUGCAGCAGAGUACGCGCGAGACGAGCCGAGUGAGCUCCAGGAGGAUUGCCUUGGUGAAGCCGCGGACGUCACUGGUGCAGGUCCGUGUGCUACUGGCCAAGACCUCAGCCGCGCCUCGAAAGCCGCGGCCUGGUCACGGGUCGCUGUCGCCAUGAUAAACUUUGUGGGGCCAGCCGUCGGCAGGCCCAACGCAGAAGAACCAGAUCUCCAGGUUUUGCCGCUGUUGAAGCAGUCCCUCCUGCAUGCCCGCGUUCCGUCGCUUCUCGCUGCCGGAAAUCACGGGCCAUUCUGGGCGAGGUCAGUGCUCGAAAAGCUUGUGUCAGUCCUGACGGGUCCCGUCACAUCAGGGGCACCAUUGACGGUUGUCCGAGAGGCGGUCUCGCUUGUGUCCAAGUUCUUCCUGCAGAAUCUGCAGACAUUGCAGAGGCACGAAAGCUUCGGACAGCUGUGGCUUAUGGUGCUGAGACUGAUGCUUCAGUUUAUAAAGCGCGGUUCCGACGACCGCGAUGCUGAGUUGGAGGAAGUGUCCACUGAAAACCUCAAAAACCUCUUGGGCGUUCUUGUCAGCACUAGUGUCCUUGGCUUCGUUUCGCCGAAGGCGGCGCAGCCGAGCGACGCGGCCGCUCGACCGGUGUGGUGGCAGAUGACCUGGGACUGCAUCGAGGUGUUCAUCCCGGGCUUUGGCGAGGACUUCAGCAGGUCCGUGCUGGGCACUGGGCCUGAAGAGGCCACCGUGAGGGUCCUUUGGACAUGCGGGUUUCUGCAGUGCAGCACGAUCUCUUGCCGCUCCACGGAGAAGUCCUCGUACAGUUUCGAGGAUGCUGCACUCGCCCUGGGGCUGACGGCCGGCCUUGGCGCAGCCGCCGCGAGCACGGCCUUAGCGCCGGGGGCUGCGCUGCUAAAGAUGGCCAUGAUGGUCCCAACGCCGCCCCCUCCGUCACUCGCACCGCCAGCACCUCCCCUUGCGGCGGCAACACAGGGCCGGACAAACGCCCUCAUUCCAGCGCAAACGCCUCCCGGGCCACCGCAGCAGUUCAGCCUCCUUGAUGCUUUGCUCCCGAACUUCAACACCGAUACCUUCAUCUGGCGAGUGUCAAUGCUGCAGAUCACGGAGUACAUCGGCUCUCUCUUGCUGGGAAGUGCUUACGGGUCUCCGAAGCUUUGCUCCCUGUACCUGCUGGGCGCCUCCUGGGGCCCAGCGAUUGCGCAGGGAGCAGUUUGGCGGCUGAUGCUUCCGAUGAUGUUGCACGCAAAUGCACUGCACAUCUUCUUCAACCUCUUCUUCCAGAUGCGCAUCGGCUUUGGGAUGGAGAAGCAGUUCGGGCGGCGGAAGUUCUGCCUCCUCUACAUGUUCUGUGGCUUCCUUGGCAACCUCAUCUCCGUAGCUGCCGACCCAAUGAAGCUGGCGGUGGGAGCGUCGACCAGUGGCUUCGGGCUUUUGGGAGUGUGGGCAGCAGAGGUUCUCUUAACAUGGGACCUGCUGGGUGAGAGCCGCUCCAGGGUGUUCUUGUGGUUCGCUUUCAUGGUUACAAGCUGCAUCAUGAUGUCCACCAUCUCCCCCAAUGUGGAUUUCGUUGGGCACUUCGCCGGGAUGCUUGCAGGCUUCCUCCUCGCCAUCAUCCUUGCGGACAUGCAGGAGGAGCACCAGCCCGCUUGGUACGACAAGGCCAAGAUGACGGCCAAGAAUGUCACGGCGCUGAUCGUCAUCGCUUCGCUCGUUCGGGCCAUCACUUUGGGCCCAGAUGGGCCCAUCCCCUACUGCGGGACCAUCUUUCAUCCGCGCCGCUUGCCCUUCUGA